GAGUCUUCAACUUGCGACUCGACACGCUUCGGACAGACAUCUCUUCGCCAACAUGUCAAGCCGAAUUAGCACCAGUGAGGGUUUCUUCACUGCUAUAUCUUCUGUGACACAGUUCCCCUCUCAAAGCAUUGCUCUCCUCGAAGGCGCCUCUGCCAUAGUUUUGUGGACCUUGGUUAUUGGGAUAUGUCUUCUAUCCUUAGGCUUGUUUGGACGACCGCUGCGUGAUGGCCACGGCAAUAAGAUCCCAAAUGGACCGCUAGGUCUUCCUAUAUUUGGGUCUUUUCCUUUUCUGACCAAGUACCCUGAGCUUACCCUUGACUACUGGGCCAAGAGGUUCGGAAGCUUGUACUCCAUCUGGCUAGGUAACCAGUUGUUUAUGAUUGUGUCGGAUCCUCAUAUUGCCAAAGAUUUGAUGGUGACCAAUGGCAAUGUCUUUUCAUCGCGAAAGGAAAUGCUCAUCAAGAGUCAGACUGUCUUCGCAGGCCGGGGCAUUACCGCCACCCAGUACAACGACCGAUGGCGUAAACAUCGUCGGAUUGCAUCCACAUGGUUGAACCAAAAGGCUGUUGACUCGUACACGGAGACCCUCGACCGAGAGUCCAUGUCCUUGGUCAAAGCAAUGUUUGAUGAAAGCCAGCAGGGCAAGGUACCUGUCAAUCCUCAACCUCACGCAGGUCGUUGUUCUCUCAACAAUAUGACCACGAUCACUUUUGGCUUCCGGACGGAUAGCAUUGAACACCCACUCGUCAAGCAAGCAUUGAAACUCAGUCGCGAGUUCAUGAACUGCACCGGUCCUAUGUCGAAUCUGGUUGACUUUAUUCCCUUGCUCCAAUAUCUUCCCACGCCGAUGCACCAACGUGGCAAAAGGCUCCAUCGAGGGCUAGUUGAGACAUACGGAGGCCUUCUCAGGAAGAUCGAAAGACAACUGGCAGAGGGACACAAUGUUCCAGAUUGUCUCGGUAAGACCAUGAUUGAAGUCAGGGACAAAGAGCAACUCGACGACCUGGACAUGGCGAUCCUGGCUUCGGCCUUCAUGAUUGGUGGUGUCGAAACUACUGCCGCUAUCAUGCAAUGGUUUUCUGCGUUAAUUCCCGCUUUCCCUGAAGUUCAGGAGAAGGCACAGGCCGAGCUCGACCGAGUUGUUGGACGAGACCGCCUCCCAACAAUUGAAGAUGAGAAAAACCUCCCAUACUGCCAUGCCAUUGUCAAAGAAGUCGAGAGAGUCCACAAUCCCUUCUGGUUGGGAACGCCGCAUGUAGCCAGCGAGGACUUUGUCUACCGAGGAAAUUUCAUUCCCAAAGAUACAGUCGUUGUUCUCAAUACUUGGACCAUGCACCAUAACCCUGCACAGUAUUCUCAGCCGGAUCUAUUCAAUCCCGAUCGGUACAUCCAUGAUCCCUUGACGUCAGCAGAGAGUGCCAAUUUGGCUGAUCCCGAGAAACGCGACCACUGGAUGUUUGGUGCUGGACGUCGGAUCUGUCCAGGUAUGAUCGUGGCGGAACGAGAGAUCUGGUUGACGAUCUCUCGAAUGCUCUGGGCUUUCGACAUGGCCGAGAUUCGAGGAGAGCCUAUCGACUUGAAAGAGUAUGAUGGCCUGUCUGGCCGAUCGCCUGUCCCAUUCCGCAUCAAACUGACACCACGCCAUGCCAAUGUGGCUCGAGUACUAGAGGGUAUCGAGAUCUAGUAGAUGGGUGAUUGAUAGAACAUUUUGAUAGAUUCUCUUCAUAGCUGCGAUAAUAUAGA